AUGACAGCAAUCCACAACAAGAGUCAGAAACAGAGCUGGAACCUGAGCUGGAACCUGAGCUGGAACCUGAGCUGGAACCUGAGCUGGAACCAGAGCUGGAACCAGAGCUGGAACCUGAGCUGGAACCUGAGCUGGAACCAGAGCCGGAAACACAACCAGGAAUACAAGACUAUGAGUGGUCACCGCCCAGCACAAAAGCGCAAAGAAAGAAAUCUCCUCGCCCACGCAAAAAUAUAUGUGUUUGCGACAAUAUAUCUUGUUGACGCAUUAAGAGAGCAGUGCUUGAAGUCGCUUCAUCGAGACCUUUCCAAUUUUGUUCUCAACCGGCAAACCAUAACAAACGUCUUGGAUCUGCUAGAAUAUACCUACGAUCACACAGGCAGACAAGAGCCGGGUGGACGUUGUUCCCUUAGGACGUUGGUUAUUCACUAUAUUUCAUUUGAGAAUACUCGAUUUCGGCGUAUUUUGGACGACCAUGGGGGAAUGGCCUCUGACCUUGUUGGCGAGGCUUGUUGA